CGAAACUACUCCCCCACUUCCUCAGUGUUCUUCGCUUUACCAAAAUAUUCUCAAGGAUAUUGAAGAUCAAAAGAAAAGAGUAAGCAGAAUGUAUUGAAAGACCGUGAAAGUAAUUUUGGCGCGAAAUUUUGUACAGCGGCAACAAAUAUUCACGUCAAACCGGUUUUCCGUGUUUGUAAACAAAGAGUAGGCACAGUGUUCUCGGCCUGAAGGGUGCAAAGUACAUGUACAAACCUCAAAACAAACGCUUGAUCACAGGUGUGAAACUAAUUGAACACUGUCUACCCUAAGAGUACUGUCUUCUUAUAAAUUCAAGCACGAUUCAUUUCAUUUUUUUUAUCAAGUGCAGCGAUCCAAACAGACCCAUGCUUGAAGAUGGAACAACAAGAACUCAACACGUGCACAGAGUUCGCUUCGGUGGCUUUCCAGCAAUUUAACGACUUCAGAAACUCGAAAGAACUAUGUGAUGUGCUGUUAUGUGUGGAUGACGAAGAAAUCCCUAGCCAUAAACUCGUACUAGCGGCUUCAAGUCCGUAUUUCCGUGCUAUGUUUACAAGCAACCUGCUUGAAUGCACACAAAGGACCAUAACCUUGUAUGAUAUUGAUGUGGGUGCAUUACAACAAAUUGUCGAGUAUUUCUAUACUGGGAAGAUAACUAUAGACGAAGAUAACGUACAGUUCCUUUUACAUGCAUCCUGUUUACUUCAAGUUGAUCGAGUCCGGGAUUUUUGCUCGGAGUUUUUAGCAAAACAAAUUUGUGUCACGAAUUGUUUGGGCAUUCGCGCGCUAACUGACUCUUUCUCUUGUAAAGAAAUCUAUGAAGCUGCUCAAAAAUUCGCCGUUGAGAAUUUCUCCAAGGUUAUGCACUGUGAAGAAUUCUUGCUACAGCCUUAUGAAUCUCUUCUGAGUUUAAUUGAACUCGAUUUUUUGGAUUUAAACAACGAAGCGGAGCUACUUGUAGGUGUCAUGGAAUGGUUGCGUUAUUCCGCAGAUACAAGGGGACACUUCGCGUACCCGCUUUUGAGGAGGUUACACUUGAUGCGAGUUGAAAGCCAGAUCCUAGAGAACUUGUUACAAGAUCCAGUCAUCAAACCUAACCGCGAUUGUGUAGAGCUUAUUUUAGAGACUCUUGAAGCCCUAGCUUCGCCUACAAUUUCAGCAGCACUGGAAUUCCCAAUGUUCCAAUCACGCAGGUAUAGGGAGAACAAGAAAGUUCUACUCGCCAUCGGAGGUGAAUCCAUUGGUGUUAACUUGAAAAGCAUUGAGUGCUUUGACCCAGAAACACAACAGUGGAGCUGGGAAUACCCGGGAGAUGACUCAGACGAUCGCCUGCUACCUCAACUCAACGACGCUAGAAUUUACACAUGCGUAUGUUCGACUGGACACCAUGUGUAUACAAUUGGUGGAAAGUCUUCUUGGAAACCUUUGGAGUUGGUUGAAAGAUAUGAAUGGCCAGAAAACUGCUGGAAGCCUUGCACCCCCCUGAAUCAUAGCCGACUGGGUGCUGGCUCUGCCCUCCUAGAUGGCCAGUUGUUGGUUAUAGGUGGGUGUGGUCAGACUGGGUACCUGUCGAGUGUCGAGUCCUAUGACCCCCUAGUUGAUGAGUGGACAGUUACAAAGUCAAUGUUGUUGCACCGUAGUUACCACGGUGUUGCUAGCUUGGGCGGCAAUGUUUACGUUGUUGGUGGUUUUGGUGGAACAAUAGAUGCUGAUAACUGCUGGUUGGGGAAUGCCGAGUGUUUCAUUCCUUCAUGUGACCUCUGGGCCCCUAUUGCUCCAGUGAGGGAACCAAGGGCUUAUGUCAGUCUUGCCUCACAUGAAGGUUCUAUUUAUGUUCUUGGGGGAUACAACUCCUCGUGGCUUAACUCAGUGGAACGCUUUGAUCCAAGGGAAGGCAUAUGGUAUUCAUCUCCGCCAAUGAAAACCCCUCGCACCUCAAUGGGUGCAACUGUGUUAGGUAAUCGAAUAUAUGUCGCAGGUGGUUUUAAUGGUGUAAAGAACAUCAAUACAAUGGAGUGUUAUGAUGUGACAGCUGGCAAGUGGUUAAGCUUGAGUCCCAUGAGAAUGAUCCGUUAUGCCAUGUCUCUCACUACUUUGCAACUCUGAUAAUUAGCUUGGUAAUUAUACUAUCAGCAAGAGAGAUAAGGUGCUUAAGAGCACAACCAUUUGCUAUCUGACAGAGCUUAUUGUUUUUUUUUGUUGUUUUUUUUUUUUUUUUGCCUGAGAUUUUUUCAGACCCAGUUGACUUUAUUGAUUUACUCUCUGAAAUUUCACUCUAGCCUAAGUUGGCUUGUUCAAUUUUUUUUAAAGAUUUUGAUCUGCUCCCUAUUUUGGGGAAGGAAUUUUAUUACAAGCCUGUCAAGAUAUCAAAUGGUAUAGAAACAUGUAUGACAUAAAUAUGAGAUGUGGUAAAUUUUAAAAUUUCUCUAUGAAAUUUGGCAGAUUUUGAUACACCUUCUAACAAAAGGAGAACCCUGCUCAUUUCUCCCCACUAAACCUGCCUUUGUUGAGUUUUAUACAAUUGGCAGAUAGACAGAUUACUACACAUUCAAUGUAUCAAAUAAUGAAUAGACUAUAUUCAGAAAAAAAUGACACCAAAAUUAUACUAAAA